AUGGCGACUUCGGCAAUCUAUACUGAUCGUAUCAAUACCAAUGCUUGCGUAGAUGAAUAUCACAUGUCUGCAAAUCAGCCUGUGGAAGAAAUGAGAUUUGGCAGUGCACAUACCUUUGAGCUUCCGUCAGAAGGAAUGGUAGCUGAUUCUGAGGAAGAAAGCAUGCCAUCCAGCCCUGACACUUCAUCUACCAGUAAUUAUGAUGUGCCUGGUUAUAUGGAGCAAAAUUUGCAGCAUAUCUAUAAUUCCUAUGAUGCGCUGGUUGACAAAGCAGGACCGGUUGUACUUAGUCCUGCCUUCAUGAUAUGUGACAAAACUUUGUGUCUUGAACCUCACCUUACUUUCUCAUUGGACGGGAUCAAGAUUGAGUAUUUGGAUUUAGAUUCCUUGGAAGAUGAGAAGUUGGUACCUCUACAAUGGGAUUUAUCUAAUAUUAUUUCCAUCAGUUGUAAAUGGGCUCAGAGUGUUGGAUCUGCCUUAAUAACACUCCUUGUUGGAUCCGAAGCAGAAACAGGAAAUGCAGGUCCUGUUAGAGCACAAUUUUCUCUUGAUGACUUACAAUGGCCAAGGAGACAACAGAAGAUUUGGGAACUGGGACCAAGAUAUCAAGAAAUAUGGAAAGACAUCCCAUCAGAUGAUUUUGCAUUGGAGAAUUGGAGCAUCGAACCCUGUCUGUUCUUCCCCAGGCAAUACUUUUCCAGCACUGAGGACUUUGAAGAUGUUAUUUAUCCCCAAGGAGAUCCUGAUGCUGUUUCCAUUAGCAAAAGAGAUGUUGAGCUUCUACUUCCUGAAACCUUUGUCAAUGAUACAAUAAUUGACUUUUAUAUCAAAUACUUGAGCACAAGAAUUGAAUCUACCGUGAAGCGCAGGUACCAUUUCUUUAAUAGCUUCUUUUUUCGCAAGCUGGCAGAUCUUGACAAAGAUCAGGGGAGAGCUCCGGAAGGUAGAGCAGCCUUCUUACGUGUUCGCAAAUGGACCCGCAAAAUAAAUGUAUUUGACAAAGAUUUUCUGUUCAUUCCUGUCAACUUCAACUUGCAUUGGAGUUUAAUUGUCAUUUGCUAUCCUGGUGAAGUGGCGACAUUUGAAGAUGGUGAUGCAAAGGUCUCAGCUAAACUCCCAUGCAUUUUACACAUGGAUUCACUUAAAGGAAGUCACACUGGACUCAAGGAUAUCAUUCAAAGUUAUUUAUGGGAAGAGUGGAAGGAAAGGCACCCUGAAUCAGCAUCAGAUCAUUCAGACAAGUUCUUGAACUUGAGAUUUGUCUCCCUUGAGCUCCCUCAGCAGGAUAAUUCAUAUGAUUGUGGCUUGUUCUUGCUCCAUUAUGUGGAACUAUUUUUGACAGAUGCUCCAAGUAACUUCAACCCUCUGAAGAUUGAUGUAUUAUCUGGCUUUCUUAGUGAUGAUUGGUUUCCACCCCCUGAAGCUUCUCUCAAGCGUUCGGUGGUCCGAAAGUUAAUUCUUGAGCUGGUGACUGGAUCUUUUCAGAAUCAUCCCAUGCUAGCUUGUGGUGGUGAGCAGCUUGAUGAAAGAUAUCAAAGAUGCUCAAAUGCUGAACCGGAACCAACUAGAGAGUUUCGUGCUCAGAGGUGCUCUGCUGGUGAACCUGAAACAGUUUGCACAGUUGAUGACGGGACUCAUGAAAUUCAGUCAUCCAAGUCCAUCUGUUUAAAUGACUCCAAAGAAAAGGGGCUACCUACUUCUGGAUGCAUGUUGGACACUGGAAGUGUUCUAAUUGUCGAUGUACAGAAUCUACAAGAGUCAGAGGUGUGUGCUCCAGUCAAGGAUACUAUUGUUUGCCUGUCAAGCCAGGAUGGGAAAAAUGAGCCACUUGUAUCUAGCAGUCAACUUAAUAUGAGAUCAUAUUCCCCAGAAGAUGAUGAAGUGCUUAAGGAAUCAAAUCAUGUGGUAACAGAUAAGGAAAAUGAGAAGUCUUUGUUUCUUUCUCUGGACAAUGACCAAAAAGUUCACAGCCAAGCAGAAGCUGAGGUGCAGGAUAUUAUGGUUUCUACAAGCUGCUCAAUCUCUGAAAUUUUUGCUCAGAAAAUUACCAGCAAAGAACAGUCCUUUAAAAAAAGCAUAGAAGUUGGGGAUGAGUGCUUUAUACCUUCUCAAGAUAUGGAUUAUGUUAUGAUGUUUGACUCCAGCAAAGAUGACAAUGGACCAAAUCCAGAAAGAAUGACAGCUGAAGGUGAUUGUGUCGAUCCUCAUGAUGAUCUGGAUUCAGUCACACUAGGUGAUAUUGGCAAAAAUGUUGUAGACAAUGCAAUCAUUGAAGAUGUGAAGAGUAUUAACCCAACUGCAGGCAAUGUCAAUCAUGGUGAGCUGUAUGUUUCAUUGCAGUUGCCAGAGGGAAAUGCGGACAAUGGUAUGACUGGUGUUAUCCCAGCUUCCUCAGACUUAAAAGAAGGAAAUAUUGAGAAAGUAGUGGCAGGUGCCUCUGCACAUGAAAGUGAUAUAAAUGCCAAUGGUAGCUCUGAGUUGAAAAUAGGAAAUACGGACAGUGGUAUUACUGGUGUUAGCACAGCUUCCUCAGACUUAAAAGAGGAAAAUAUUGACAAAGUAGUGGCAGGUGACUGUGCACAUGAAAGUGAUAUAAAUGCCAAGGAUAGCUCUGAGUUGAAAGAUGGAAAUACUGAUAAUAGUAUUACUGGUGGUAGUACAGUUUUCCGUGACGAGAGCGAGGGAAACACUGACCAAACAAUAGCAGGUGAUUGCGGAAAUAAGAGCGAUUUAAAUGCUGAUGGUCAGGGUGCUGACAAAUAUUUAGCAACUGACAGUGUUCUUCCUUGUGAAGAUGACACAACCUGCACUGAUGGUGUGAUUCUAUCACUAGAUUUACCCUGUAGCACGAAGAAUGAAACAGUUUCCAAGAACACAUCUUCUGAUGCUGAAUUGCCUCUGCUUGAUGGCACCUUCGAACUUGUAGAUAGACCUUCCACGCCAAAGAAUGGCAUGUCUGAGAACACAUCUUUUGAUGGUAAAAGGCCUGCGUCUGAUAGGACCUUGGAAGAGAAUGAAAGAGUUAUCCCCGGUGAUGCAAAAACAGAAAGGCAUUACAAGCGACGGAAGGUUUUGGCCUUAGAGAAACAAAGCAGCUUCUCAGGAGCAACUUCUACAGAUUAG